CUUCCCCACACACCACAAAAACAUCCCGUUUACCAAAACUCAAACCGCCAAAAUGCCCAUGACUUGGAAUGAAACGAAUGACGCUAAACUCCUAGUCGGCAUCUUGACCACCACGAACGUGAAAUUAGACAUGCACGCCUUGGCCAAUUUUAUGGGUCCCGGGUGCACCGUCUCCGCCGUCCAACACCGCAUCCAGCGUCUCAAGGACAAAGUUUCUUCUACCUCUACUCCCGGAGGUACCGCUUCGUCCCCUGCGACUGGUACUACCAUGACUUCCCCGGGAAACGAGAAACCCACUACUCCCACCCCCGCUACCCCCGAGAAAAGAAAGCGUGGUCGACCCCGCAAGAACCCCGUUGCUGGGGGUGGUGAAGCUAGUACUUCUUCUACUACUAAUACUGUCGCGGCUGCUGCUGGUGCUGCUAAGAAGCCGAAGGCUAAGCGGGCUAAGAAGGUUGAUGGUACUGCUACUGCUACUGCUGCGGUUGUUAAGAAUGAGGAGGUUAGUGAUGAUGAUGAGGAGGAGGUCCUUUCUGAGCUUGGUGUUCCCGAGACUCCUGGGGUUGAGGAGGGUGGGGUUGGUGAGGGUGAGGAGAAGGAGCAUGCUUGAUGGUGUUGGGGUUCUCGCUUCUCUGUGGCUUACUUGUUUCUAAGAUGGCUUGUGGUUGAGAUGAUUUGAUGAUUUAGGGGAAGUCUACGUAGCUCGUUUGAUGGAUGGUGGUUAUUUGAUUUCCUUUCUAAUUGGUGGAUGCUUGCUUAGGAUGCAAAGGGCGUCGAAUUGGGUGAUGUUGUACCUUGGGAUAAGUGCUAUCCGAUCUAUUGAAAUUGAG